CGGGGUUUCGGGCGCGUCUUUCAAAGAGAUUUUAUGUCUUUACCCCCCCUCCCCCGUCCCGACUCCCGUUUUAGGAGGGGUGGGGGGAAUAUUCAAGGCAACGGGUAGAGUAACAAUUAAUUGGGAGUUUCAGUCUCAUGUUUUUCGUAAAAGGUGUAGCGUAAAUUUGAUCUGAUGUGAUUGAUUGUUUUGUUUUCAUUUUUAAAAGAAAGCAAAUUAUAAGAAGAGGCCUCUCGGGUGAGGGCCCCACUAAUGUUGUAAAAGGGGGCCACCGAAAUGUGUGUUCACAGAUUUCGACCUGAGGUUUCUUAAAGGUUUGUGAAUGCCCAGGGUAGGGGAAGAUUAAACUGAUAUGGUUGGGAUUAUUGCUAUGGCCAGAAUGGUGGAGGAACAUGAUCAGCCGUGCAAGAAACAGAAGAAAGAUGCAGAGGAUUCCUACACAAAAACAAUUACAAGCUACUUUUCACCAGUAUCCAAAUCCCUCGACAUGGCCUGCCCAUCACCCAAGUCCGGUAACAUAAUGGAUUACUUCAAGAAAACUCCUGGACAAAAUGUUGCUUCAGUUGCAUCGAGUGAAUGUGAACGAAAGAAUUCAGCGGUAAUAUCUGUAGACUACAGUAGGGAAUCAGUUGUAGUCUCUGAGGGGAAACACCAAAUCUCCAAAAGGAAAAGACUCAGUAGAAGAACUAACUUAAGCCGGAAAUUGAAUGAAUGCCGCAAGAUUGUUGAAAUCAAUGAUUCUAGUAACUGUAGUGUUGGAGAGGUGUGUGACGUAAGGUCAGGCAUUGGAGUUCUUGGCAGUGAUACAGCUGCAUUGAUUGCUCAGCUUUGUGCAGAAAGCCAAGAUAUAUUUAAAGAGAAUGAGGAAAGUGUUUAUAUGAGUUCCAGUACUCUACAAAGAGAGAUAAAAGGACAGAACAGAAAGGACACUUGCAAUGAAGUUGUCAGCCAUUCAAGUAAAAGAAUCACCAAAAAAACACGGAAACGAAAGGCUUUGAGUAAACCUGAAGGUUCUUCAGAACAGUCCGAUGUUGAACUUGUGACAAAGGAUGAUUACUGUGAGGAGGGGAUCGAAGUAGCAAAGUCUAAAGGGGCUACUAUCCCCAUGGUUCUUGAAAAUGAAAAAAUACAUUUCAGUGAGACAGGUUUGGAACCACCAGCCAAUGAGACUCCUCAGGCAAAUGACAGCACUGUUACUGUGUCAUUCGAAGAUUUUAUGAAGGACCAAGGAACUGAAGAGCCUUCAGCUGAAAAAGCAGCAGAGGCCAACUCUGAGAUAAUUGAGGAACGUAACAAGCUUCCCAAUUUAAUAGAAGACAUGAGUUCAGUUUCUCCUCAGCCAAUCUCCCCAAAAACUGUUACUGUCCAUGUUCAAAUUCACUCUAGUCCUCUAGCUACCUCAGCUCAAAAUUCCAAAGUGAAACAGAAAAAAAUAGCCUCAAUUUUUUUGAGAAAGAAAGCAGACUCUGAAAGUGAAGUGAUUGAAAUCCAACAGCUGAGCCCACAUCCUGCUGAGAGCCAUGAUUCAGUUCCUGCAAGGAGAUCCAAUGUGGUGAUAGCAGAGGAGGAGUUGGAGCUAUUGGUAUUGGAUGCCACCGAAAAGAGUCCUAUGAAGGCCAAGUGUAGUCGAGCUGAAAGGGAACAAUUUAUGAAUGCUUUCAGGCGACCGCCCUCUUCAGAUCAGGCAAAAAAUGCACUUAAAAGGGUAACGCAGAAGUCAAAAGCCUCCAAGCAAGGUUUAGCACAAGGUGAAGGUAGUGAUGAUGAGCCCAAUCUUGAGAAGGGAAAAGGGGAAUUCGUCCAGACUACAAAUGCUGAGAUAUCAAGCCAAGUCUGCAAAGAUUCAAGGGUGGAAAGCAGAGAGUCUGUAGGUGCAACUUUGAAGAAGAAGAAAAUGUUAAAACUCAGAAAACUUAGAGCUGAAUGUAAAAACCUAGAUAGUUGUGAAACAACGGGAGAAGAAUUUAAUCCUGAUCUGAAUCUGGGCUGUGUCACAAGUAAAGAAUCCAGAGACCGAAUGCCUUUGGAUCUAACAACAGCGCGUUCAAAUGAAACUUGUAGAACUACACGGAGGAGCCUUAGACAGCAAAGAGAUGCUUUAGACAAUUGCCAGACACCACAUAAAGCCAUUGGAGUGGAUUGUCUGGGCAUUCCAGCUUGUCAGUCAACUCCAAAAUUGAAACAUUGGUCUUCCAAAGAAAAUAGCUUCUACAAAGCAGAAAUGAUUCCCAUGACCUGUAGCAAAAGCCCAAUCAGAAUGAAGUUUACACGAAUCACUCGGUCAAAAACUGAUGUAAAAGCAAAGAAAACAGAUGAGAACAUGGAAUUUACUCCCAGGAGCAACCAGCGGAUGUACCAAUCCAAGCACAUGGUUAAAGCAAAGAAGUUGGUUGAAAAAGCAAAAGCAAGGAGCAAGUGCCGAAGUCCCGCUGAAUCUGUUACACCACUGAGACGAUCAACCCGACAGCAGGCCAAAUCUGAUGAGAAAUAUCAUGGGGCUGAGAAUUUGGCAAUUAAUUGGAAUACAAGUGCAGACAGUGACUCUGUCAGUGUAAUUGAAUACGGAAGGAAAUCCAAGAAGUUGAGGAAUUUAAGUGAUCUUUUGGGAAAGAAUCCAGGUAGCAUAUCAACAACCAAGAGAACUGUAGCUGAACUCAAGGUUGCUUCCAUAUUUUGUGGUAAAAAAACAGUCAAAAAUGUGCCAUCGGGACCAAUCACCAUUGACGACGAUAACAGUUGUAAUGAGUCCGAAAACUCUCAGGAGACUGAACAACUUAGAGCCAAGCGUCAGUUUCUGAUGAGUGGAUUACCAGAUACGUUGAAAAAACACAUAGCAAAGACAGCAGCAGUGGUAGAAGUCUGCUCUGUUGCAAACACUGCUUUCCAAACUGUUGUUCAUGUUCAGCAAAAAAGUCAAGUUUCGUUGUUAUGGGAUCUAGCUUGGCCCAAGUCUGCUAUCCUCAGCCACCUCCGGGAUAUGAACGAAGGAAUAGAAAGAAUUCUGAAAGACGCCAUUACGCUUGGAGAUUUCUCUGAAGUGAAAUACACAUUCAACACUGCUGCUUCUUGGCCUGGGCUAUCUACCUCGAGGACAGAAUUCCCCCAGGACAUCCAGAAGUGUUUACUUGAAGAGAUUAGGUCAUCCAAUCCUGAGUUUCCUGUACGAAAACUUUUUAAACCAUUACUGCAAAAACGAAAUGAACAUCUUGCACAGACUGUCAAAGCAGGACCCUCGAAUAAAUUGGACAUUUCUGUAAUAGAGAUAGAAACUGAGCCUCAACAAAUGUUACCUCUGUACAGCAGUCCACAACAAUCUUUCAGCAAAAGGAAGAGAAAGAAAGAAAGACAACAACAGAAACAAAAGAGGAGGAAAACACUAGACGGUGAUCUGAGCUCAGUUACUUUCAUUGGGGAUGAAUGCACUCCGGCAAUGUCUGCACAAUGUGAGAACUCCACCAAGAGAAACAGCAAGGGGGCCCAAACUCCGAAUGAUGUGUCUGUUCCCAAAACUAGCCUCAGGCGAUUGGCUAAGCAAAAGCACCAAGAGUUGAAAUGUAUAAUUGGAGCAGCAGAAACACAGGAUAUUCGUGCUGUAUCACGAGUUCCUGAAUUAAUUGACCAACCAAAGAUGGGGGAAACUGCUACUUCUGAUGACCCAGUCAAGGAAGAUCUGCUAUGGACAGAGCAAUACCAGCCGCAGCACUCCAGUGAACUUGUGGGAAAUCUCAAUGCUGUCAGGAAAUUGCACAGCUGGUUAAUGGAAUGGAAGAAGAGAGCUGAUAAGGAAGAAAAGAAAAAACAGAAGGAGAAAAAGACUGAAAAAGACAAGAAAUUAGAUGUUUGGGACAAUAGUGACUUUAACUUGGAGAGUUCAGAGGAUGAGGAUUUUUUGUGCAAUACCGUGCUAAUUACAGGACCACCUGGAGUUGGGAAAACUGCUGCAGUUUAUGCUUGUGCUCAGGAGUUAGGUUUUAAGGUAUUUGAAGUAAAUGCUUCAUCUCAGCGAAGUGGCAGACAGAUUCUGUCUCAACUAAAAGAAGCCACGCAGUCUCACCAAGUUGAUAAACAGGGAACAAAUGCCCUAAAGCCUGCCUUCUUCAAUAGCAACAGGUUUCAGUCUUCACAAACAACCAAAUCUCCAAAAAAAGCUCACUCGCCCAAAAAAGUAGUCUCAUCACCCAGGAGGGCACCCCAAUCCCCAAAGGGAAGGAUUUCAAAGAAGAACUUAACACCGAAUUCUUUAGCCAGUUUCUUUAAAGGCCUCUCAAAACAGAACAAAACUGAAGAAACAGGAAAUCUUGAAGAUAAGGAGAUGAAGGAGAAGCCACGGAAGAAUUCUAAAGCCCAGAAGAGCAACCUUCAAAUUGUGGAUAUAACUAGGGACCACACCUUGUCUGAAAACAAGGAUACUGGCCCUGAAGAAUCUAGCAAAAAAAGCGCCACAUCACUCAUCCUUUUUGAGGAGGUGGAUAUAAUAUUUGAUGAUGAUGCUGGAUUUCUAAAUGCAAUUAAGACCUUCAUGGCAACUGCAAAGCGGCCAGUUAUACUGACCACCACUGAUCCUAACUUCAGUUUAACGUUUGAGUGCUGCUUCGAAGAAAUCUGCUUCAAAGUGCCAUCUUUGGCAAAUGUUGCCAGCUACUUACAGCUCUUGUGCCUAGCUGAGAACUUAAGGACUGAUGUGAAGGACCUCACUGCACUACUUGCUGUCAAUAACUGUGACAUACGACAGAGCAUCCUUCACCUGCAGUUUUGGGUGCGAAGUGGAGGUGGCUACCACAUGGAUAAGCUUCUCCCUGCUCAAGGAAAAAGUAUGGCUGCAGCCCCAGCUCAAGAAGAAUUGCUUGGAAAUGCAGUUGCUGCCGAAGAUGCCCUGGAGGAUUUGCCAGAGAGCAGCUCCAUUGUGAAGAUGGAAGAUGUUCCCAAAUGCAGCACAGGAUGUACAGAGAGCCUGCUUGGUUUCACAUACUUUACUGGACCUUCAAGCAAUCUCUUUUCCAUGUUCAAGCAAGAGGUCAUUUCACUGGACCAAUGGAGAAGUCAAGUGCAUACCCUCCUGGAGUUUCAAAGGAGACAGAUAGACUUUGUAUUCCAUAAUUUGCAGUUUCUUCUGCCUCUGCCAGUCCGAAUAGUUCCUGAUUUAAGUAGGCCUGAAAAUCUAAUAUCUGAACACACUGAGCCUUCCAUCAGUAAACCCACACAGACAGCUGGAAGAAUUCUUCAGGGAGCUGACAUAUCUGUUGAUGCCAGCACUGUAAAAAUUUUGGACAAAACGAAGCAUCACAGAAAAGCCACCUUGUUUGAUGACAGUGAUCUAUUUGACACAGAUGAGAGCGAUACCUUUGUGAUUUUACCGAAUGAUAUUCCUACCUCACCUUGUGUUGCUGAUAAAGCAGCAGUAAACCAAGCCAGUGGAGUGAGUGGGGGUAGUCCCUCCAGGAAUGAGACUGAUUCCUCCAGAGUCAUUGAAAGGAAGCCAAGGACAUCAGCAGAACAAAAGUGUAGUGAGUUGGUAUCUUUGUGUCUUGGAUCGCUAGCUGAGUUCACAGACAAUAUCUCAUUCUUGGACUGCUGCCUGCACACACGUGUGGUUGAGACAGAGGGUUCGUGUGGACAGAGGGGUUAUUACUGGGCUGCCGCGGAAAUUAAAAACGGCAUGUUGGAUGAGAGAAGGGCUGAGUCAGGAGAUUGGUGGCCUACCCACAGCUUUUUGGAAAUUAGAGCAACUGUGGAAGCCUUGAGCUGGAAGAAGUGUCAUUCGCAGAUUCACCAAACCAUGGAGUCAGCAGUUACCAAGUGCCAGCAGCCUGAGGAAAACCCAUUGGAGAAGCUCACUCUUCACAUUCCAAAUCACCAAAGGAGUAAUGCUUUAUUCACACAAUGUCCGCAUUAUCUAGCAAGCAUUGCAUCUAAAAGAAUUGAGGUGCUCAAAACUGUAUUCUCUAGCAAGGCAUUUGUAAAUCUGGGUAACAGACGAGCAAACGCUGUGGAGUAUCUGCCAUCUCUCCGCACUAUUUGCAGGACAGAGAAACUGAAAGAACAAGGCAAACUAAAACGCAGAUUUUUGCAUUAUUUGGAUAGUGUGCACUUGGAGCUGCCUAAAAGCACUCUGAAAGCCCUUGCAACUAGUUUUCCAUGAAGAUUUCAACUUGACUAAUUGUAUAGCGAAUUACUAUAUUUCCAGCAGACUGUAUUACAGGGGUAUUUUCCUCCUGGCUUUUUACUUCAUAAUUGUGUCCACUGUGUAUAUGUGUGUUUUGUGGAGACAUUUUUGUACAGUAAAGUGAUGUGAAAGUGUGUAGGGAAAUGUUGGGUUAUCUUAAUUUAAUUACCGUGGGACAACUGAAUCUGCUGUCUAAGAAUGUAAAAAUCUAAUGCAAAAUAAUUUUGAGUGCCUGAAGUCAAUCUAUAAUACUUCUGGAGAACUAACCAACUCUGCCCUCCUAUUUUGGUAGUAUUUGUUUAAUAGAUACCAUCUCCCAUCUCACCCAAUAAUCCACGAGUCAAAAGGGGGUAUUAUUUGACUGAAUCAUUGCGGCCAAGGCAGUCCUGGGCUAAUCUAUCAUUGGUACUUCACGCAGACUGCCAUGGACCACUGAAUAGGUAUUGGGAGUGGGGUCCUGAUGAAUAUUCCUCCUCCCCGCUCUCCUUCCUUCCACACACACCCCUCCCCUCUCUUAGAUCAGGGUGAUGAAAGCAUUUUAACAACAUAAACAGUUUUGAUUUUUCCUUCCUUCUGUUCUAUGCCUAGCAACAUUUUUGAUCCAAAGAUGUACAUCUUGGUUUAUAAAUCUUCCAUGAGUGUUAUAAACAUGAUCAGUUUCAGACAACAGUGUGAUCAGAUAAGUGUCUUGGUGGCAAUGGCUGACCCAAAGCAGCUUGUAACUGCCCAGCUGUGAAGUGUGACAGCCUCAUUGGAAUACCGAGGUGAAUGCUGUCAUAAAUCAUGAAUGGCUAUAAUCCAUCCUGUGUUCCACUAAAGCUUUUUAUUGUUACAAUUUUAUACUACGUGAAUCUUACAAAGAAUGGUGUACCCUUGUAUUGCAUAGUGUGACUGUAUACCCUAUUUUGCCAUAGGAUAUGGAAUAAAAUAAAUCGAAGAAA